AUGCCACUUGCCACAGACCCCGCCGAUACGAUUCGCAUCUUGGUAGCGACCGAUAACCAUGUCGGGUACGAGGAGCGCGACCCCAUCCGAAAGGAUGAUAGCUGGAAGACGUUUGACGAGAUUAUGAACUUGGCUCGCACUCAAGAUGUCGACAUGGUCCUCCUUGGCGGCGACCUCUUCCACGACAACAAACCCUCCCGCAAGUCCAUGUACCAAGUGAUGCGCAGCCUCCGCAAGAACUGCCUGGGCCCCCGACCCUGCGAGCUCGAGUUCCUCAGCGACGCCAGCGAUAACUUUGAAGGCGCCUUCAACCACGUCAACUACGAGGACCCCGACAUCAACAUCUCCAUACCCGUCUUCUCCAUCCACGGCAACCACGACGACCCCAGCGGCGAGGGCCACUUUUGCUCCCUCGACCUGCUGCAGGUCGCCGGCCUCGUCAACUACUUUGGCCGCAUCCCCGAGGCCGACAACAUCGAGGCCAAGCCCAUCCUCCUCCAAAAGGGCCGCACGAGGCUCGCCCUGUACGGCCUCGGCAACGUGCGCGACGAGCGCAUGUUUCGCACCUUUCGCGACCACAAGGUCAAGUGGUUCCGCCCCAACGUCGAGGCCGCCGACUGGUUCAACCUCUUGACCGUCCACCAGAACCACCACGCCUACACCGCCACCUCGUACCUGCCCGAAAACGUCCUUCCGGACUGGAUGAACCUCGUCCCGGGCUCCUCCGUCGCCACGUCUUUGGUGCCCGGCGAGGCCGUGCCCAAGCACGUCGCGGUGCUCAACGUCACCGGUAGGGAGUUCACCGUCGAGAAGCUCCGCCUCAAGAGCGUGCGGCCCUUUAUCACGAGGGACCUCGACAACAGGCAAGAAGUCACGAGACGCCUCAUGGAGGUCGUGGACGAGAUGAUUGAGGAGGCCACCGCUGAGUGGCUCGAGAUCCACGAAGGCGCAGAGGACACAGAGGCUCCCUUACCCCUCGUCCGGCUCAAAGUCGAGUACACCGCGAGCGAGGGCGGCAAGUUUGACUGCGAGAACCCGCAGCGCUUUUCCAACAGCAGUUCAAAACGCAAGGACGCCGCCGCCGAGCUACCAGAAGGCGCCCUCGAGGACCUAGGCCCGGACAGCAUCAAAGUCGACCGCCUCGUGCACGAAUUCCUCGCCGCGCAGUCCCUCAAGAUAUUGCCCCAAGCCCCCUUUGGCGACGCCGUCAACCAGUUCGUGACCAAGGACGACAAGCACGCCAUGGAGACCUUUGUCAGCGAGUCCCUGGCCAGCCAAGUCCGCCAGAUGCUCGACCUCGACUCGGACGAGGAGGACCUCGAAAACGCCAUGGAGACGUACCGUGCCCGCCUCGAGGAGCAGUUCGCCGCCGGCGCCCUGCGCGUUGGCUCCCGCCGCCUCCGGCCCAAGCCCGACACCUGGGACUCGGACCUCGACGGCCACUGGGACCAGCAGCCCGACGCCUACGAGGACCUCGCCAACACCCAGGCCACCACCACCACCGCGUCCCGCGCCGCCGCCGGAACCCGCGGCUCCAGAACACAAGCCACCGCGCGUUCCUCCCGCCAAGACGAGGACAUGCUAGACGACGAUGACGACGACGACGACGAUGCCGGACCCCGCCGCCCGCCCGUCGCGCUCCCGCCCGAGGCAGGGCCACAGCAUCCUCCCGCGCCGCCAAAGCCCCGCCACACGAAAACCCGCUCGGCCGUCGGCCGCGCCUCCCGCCAGACCAAGCUCAACUUUUCCCAGACCGGCGCCUCCCAGCAGACCGCGCUCGAGAUCUCCGACGACGAAAUCUCCGACGACGACGCCUUUGAGCCGCCGACCAAGACGACGAGGGCGAGGCGGAGGUGA